AUGCCCCGGUAUGCGCAGCUGGUCAUGGGCCCCGCAGGUAGUGGGAAGAGCACCUACUGUACCACCAUGGUCCAGCACUGCGAAGCCCUCAAUCGAUCUGUCCAAGUUGUGAAUCUAGAUCCCGCAGCAGAACACUUCAACUACUCUGUGAUGGCUGGUCAGAUUGAGCUGUACACUCACCUGCCUGUGAUGAAACAGCUCAUUCAUCAGCUGGAACAAUGGGAGUUCCGAGUCUGUGGGGUUUUUCUUGUGGAUUCUCAGUUCAUGGUUGAAUCCUUCAAGUUCUUUUCUGGCAUUAUGGCAGCCCUGAGCGCUAUGAUCUCUCUAGAGAUUCCACAGGUGAACAUCAUGACGAAAAUGGAUCUGCUGAGUAAGAAAGCUAAAAAGGAAAUUGAAAAGUUUCUAGAUCCAGAUGUGUAUUCUUUGUUAGAUGAUUCUACAGGUGACUUAAGAAGCAAAAAAUUCAAGAAACUGACUAAAGCUAUAUGUGGACUGAUUGACGACUAUAGCAUGGUGCGGUUUUUACCUUAUGAUCAGUCGGAUGAAGAAAGCAUGAACAUUGUAUUACAGCACAUUGAUUUUGCCAUUCAGUAUGGAGAAGACUUGGAAUUUAAGGAACCAAAGGAACAUGAAGACGAGUCCUCAUCUAUGUUUGAUGAAUACUUUCAAGAACACCAUAAUGAAUGA